UUGAUGGAUGAAGAUGAGGAGCCCAUAAUUGUCUGUUUCAUCUGUCAUGCAAAACUCAUUCGAUGCAGAACAUUACAACAACAGGCUAUUGAGUCAAAUGCAGUUCUGGAGCAGUUGCUUGCAGGAGGAUCCAUGUCAAUACCAAAACCGCAUGAGGCUAGAGAUGAAAUUCAUUUCACACCAAUUUAUCAUAUAGAUAUCUGGCCAGUAGAGUGUGAUAUUGAAAAUGAUUGUAAGGACGACAUUUUUAGCCUUGAAUCUGUUAAAGUUGAGGAAGAGAAAAUCAAAAAUGAGAAUUUCAAAUUUGAAGUAAACUGGAGUCAUGAAACAGACACUGCUGAAAAACAAGAAGACUCGGAGAUUGAUGCUUUUGAAGAUCGACAUAAGGAUUUGGAGGACAACUUGCCGCUAAUUGCAUUUGGUGCAAAGAGUAAAACAGAUGAUGUUGACAUAGCACCGUCAGAGAAGAAGGUUAAAUCGAAUUCUACUGAUAUAGCAGAGGCUACAGGAGUGUCUGCCCGCACCGUAAUGCGAAUUGUAGCUGAAGGAAAUUCGAGUCUACAAACAUCGGAAAUUGCAAAAUUUUCAUCUCCGCGGAAACCUAAAGAAAUAAAAAAAGAGAAUCCAGAUUGA